AUGACCGGUGGAAUGUACAGUAUGUGGAGCUCGGGAACAAAGCUUUUCAGCUUUUCGGAAAAACGAGGCACUUUGCUGGAGGUGAACAUCCAGCAACCAGAGGUUGGGAUCAAACGUACAAUUUUAAAAUUGAUGAUGAACAACAACCAAAAAGACAGCGAGAGGGACCAAAAAGAUGAGGAAACCGGAAAACACGCUGAUGAGGAAGAUGAGCCCCUGUUGCACAUAGUAAAGCGCUUAAGUCACGGUACAUAUAGCGAUGUGGAGUUUGCCAAGCUUGCCAAGCUCGAGUCCGAUCAGGUGUUGCAGACCGAUGCAGAUGCGGCGUCCUCUUCCCAGGAGGCAUCACAAAGGCUCAGUGGCUCAGUGCCGCCCCCUUCCAGUGAUCCAUACGUCCAUAGGGAUGGACAAAAUCAACUCGAUUUGUCGACCAUUAAUGAGUCAUCCAACAAUAAUGACAUGGAAGCUCAAAUGAUGCUCAAGGAUCGAUUCAUUGUUGGUGAAGCAAACAUGCACAAACAUGAUCCAUCGGUGGGUGUUGGGAGAGCCGAAGCGCUCCAAAAGGAUGACGCAGCAGCUCAAAUGAUGCUCUUGGAUCGAUUCAUCGUUGGUGAAGCAGCAAUGCACCAAAAGGAUCGAUUGGUGGGAGCCGAGAGAGCCGAAAUGCACCAAAAGAAUGACACAGCAGCUCAAACGAUACACAAGGAUCAAUUCAUCGUCGGCGAAGCAGAAAUGCUCCAAAAGGAUCGAUUGGUGUGUGUCGGGAGAGCCAAAACACAAAAAAAGGAUCAAGCUGUCUUGGACAAGGCAGGGAUAAACCAAGGGAUCAAUCAACAAGAUUCCCACAAUCUGGGAGGGAAUAGACCCAAUGGUUUAUCGUCAACUGCCCAAAACCAGGAAGAAACAGAGCUUAUGCCUCCAGGAGCGUACGCUGUGGCUCCGGAAGGACUCAGAUUUACUACGAUCCCAACUGGUACAGGCACAGACACGGAUGAAGACCUAGAUGAGCCGAUACCGCAAGAGCCAGCCCCAGUUUCCCUUGAGGAUGGCCUUCCCGUGGCGAACCAAGUAUCAGACAAUUUGGACCUACAGGUGGCGGAUUUGGAUCGUGGACAAGACAGCAGCAGAAGGGCAGAAAGGAAGAAGCAAUCACUAUGGCUGCCUGCACUGUUGUAUGGCAGCUGCGUUGCUGCCCUUGUCAUUGUGGUGGCCUUGCUUGUUAAUUCUGGUAGAAACAAUCAGGACACCAACAGCAGUGUAUCUGACUCACCCACCUACUCACCACUCCCUCCAGAAAAUGCCCAAAAUCUGUCUGAUGUGGAGCUCCUUGUUUUGGAAGCUUUGUCCAAUCACACUCUGGAAGCACUGGAGGAUCCCAACUCUCCCCAGUCCCUUGCCUAUGAGUGGAUGAUGGAAGACUUGGACGAAAACAACUACACCCACACCAGCAGGAUCAGGCAAAGGUAUGCCCUAGCCACUCUCUUUUAUGCUACAGGUGGGCACGAUUGGUAUAACAAUGAGAACUGGUUGAAUCAAUCAGUUCAUGAGUGUUUUUGGUUCUCCCAAGAGUGCACCAGAAAGGAGGAUUGCACUCCAUGUGGCAUCCCACCCAACUUGCUCAUCAGCUCCAACCAAGCUGUCCACAUGGACUACAACCCUUAUCAACACCUCUUGCUCUAUACGAAUGCUCUGCAAGGCACGUUGCCACCAGAAGUGUUCUGGUUAACAAACCUCAAGACCAUUUACCUUUUCAAGAAUCCUGAUCUAGCUGGCACUAUAUCAUCCCAUAUUGCGAGGUUGAGGGAGUUGGAAUUCUUCCGCGUGCAAGUCACAACGAUAUCUGGAACAAUCCCUACAGAGUUGGGCCUUCUUUCUGAUAAUCUCACUGACUUUCAUGCCACCAAUGCUCAGCUUGAAGGCCCAGUUCCAUCAGAGCUUGGGCUGUUGCACAAGCUGGAAAAAUUCUCGGUGGAUGGAAACAUGUUAACAGGAACCAUACCAGAGGAACUGGGGGAUGCCACCGAUUUGAAUUUCCUAGUGUUCAUUGCGAACUCAUUAUCUGGGACUAUACCAGAAUCCAUUUGGCAUCUCUCCUGGCAUACUCUUGCGUUGGGGCAGAAUCAGCUCACAGGAACAAUACCUACGGAUAUUGGGUUGAUGAGCAAUCUCACCUAUCUGUCUCUUGCUUACAAUGGCUUCUCAGGAGAGAUACCAUCACAGAUUGGCUUGUUGACUGAUGUCAUCAAUGUGAAUCUCUAUUUCUCUAGCUUCACCGGCACCAUCCCCACAGAGAUGGGUCAGCUCUCUUCUGCUGAUUAUCUUGGUUUUUCUUCUUGCGCCUUCACUGGAACUAUUCCCACUGAAGUUGGCCUCUUAACGGACUUGAGUCUCUUGUGGAUGGAUGGAAACAGUCUCACAGGAUCAAUUCCGAGUGAAAUUGGUCAAAAUGUCAACUUAGAAGGCUUGUCUCUUGGCAACACAAACCUAACUGGGACACUGCCAUCUGGGUUGGCGAAUGCCCCAUUGACCAUGCUAUUUCUGGAAAACUCUCUUCUGUCUGGCUCUCUCCCUGAAGGGCUCGGUCCAGAUCUUAUAUAUUUGUCACUGUCAAACAGCACAUUCCUGACUGGCACAAUCCCCCAAAACCUGACAAGCUUGGAUUUCGUGUAUGUGGAUGGGACUGAGUUGUCAGGAACACUUCCAGAGUAUCUCUGUGGAAUUACGGAUCUUGUCUUUGACUGCAGCCCUUUGCUAUGUGGAUGCAGUUGUCUUUGUGCCAAUGAAACCAACAGCUCUGCAGCCUCCAUGAUAGUGGGUGCAAACAACGAAACACUGUGA